GGCUUGGUGGGUUGCCUCCCUGUUCCCACCCACGUAAAGUCCUGGCAGCAGGGCCAGAAGUUUUAUGGUUCUCAGCGGCACCCGUCGACAUCCGCCCCCACGUGACCCAAACAGAUCCGGCACUUCCGCUUCCCCUCGGCUUUCUUCUCGUCGGUGUUCCCGGCUGCUAUAGAGCCGGGUCCCCGCGGAAGCGGCGGUGUCGGCGCCAUGGCGGAGCUGACGGCUCUUGAGAGUCUCAUCGAGAUGGGCUUCCCCAGGGGACGCGCGGAGAAGGCUCUGGCCCUCACAGGGAACCAGGGCAUCGAGGCUGCGAUGGACUGGCUGAUGGAGCACGAAGACGACCCCGAUGUGGACGAGCCUCUAGAGACUCCCCUUGGACAUAUCCUGGGACGGGAGCCCACUUCCUCAGAGCAAGGCGGCCUUGAAGGAUCUGGUUCUGCUGCCGGAGAAGGCAAACCCGUUUUGAGUGAAGAGGAAAGACAGGAACAAACUAAGAGGAUGUUGGAGCUGGUGGCCCAGAAGCAGCGGGAGCGUGAAGAGAGAGAGGAACGGGAGGCAUUGGAACGGGAACGGCAGCGCAGGAGACAAGGGCAAGAGUUGUCAGCAGCACGACAGCGGCUACAGGAAGAUGAGAUGCGCCGGGCUGCUGAGGAGAGGCGGAGGGAAAAGGCCGAGGAGUUAGCAGCCAGACAAAGAGUUAGAGAAAAGAUCGAGAGGGACAAAGCAGAGAGAGCCAAGAAGUAUGGUGGCAGUGUGGGCUCUCAGCCACCCCCAGCGGCACCAGAGCCAGGUCCUGUUCCCUCUUCUCCCAGCCAGGAGCCUCCCACCAAGCGGGAGUAUGACCAGUGUCGCAUACAGGUCAGGCUGCCAGAUGGGACCUCACUGACCCAGACGUUCCGGGCCCGGGAACAGCUGGCAGCCGUGAGGCUCUAUGUGGAGCUCCACCGUGGGGAGGAACCAGGUGGGGGCCAGGACCCUGUGCAGUUGCUCAGUGGCUUCCCCAGACGGGCCUUUUCAGAAGCUGAUAUGGAGCGGCCUCUGCAGGAGCUGGGACUCGUGCCUUCUGCUGUUCUCAUUGUGGCCAAGAAAUGUCCCAGCUGAGGGCCUUUGUCCCAUCGUCCCUCUGUGACCCCUUCAUCUUUGAUAAAGCACUGACAUCUCCUUCCUAAUAAAUAGACCCUGAGUUCUGUA